GCAUUAGGUAAGACAACUGACUGGUUUAGGACAGUAUUGUCAGUUAAGCCUGUCAAGGGGAACUUGCGAUUAAGUGGAUACUCUACAUGUGGACAAGAUGGAGGUGUGCAGUUUCCUCAUGAAUAUGUUGAAGCCCUACCCCAUCGCGCGAACGCCCUCCUGAACACCUCAGUCGCGUUCCCCGGAAUCCUUCUCGUCGGGAAGAACCCGUACGUGAGCCUCAUCCCGGAGAACCACCGCCGCCCGGCCUUGGGCCACGACACAUUCCCCACGGCGGAGAAAUCGAAGUUCACGUCCGGGACACCGCACCGCGGUAGCGAAAGUUGGUGGAACGUCUCGUUGGUUAGUUCGCCGGUGGGGUUGAGAUUGAAGAAACGCUAG